AGGCCCAAAACAUGCCAAAUGUACUGCGAGGGAUGUCAGGAUUGAAGACCUUUCACGAAGUAUGCCUCUAUCUGAAUUGUUCAGAAUAUCAAGUUGCCGACAUUCUGAGAAAAGUGGUAUCACACUUUAAAGAUAGUGACAACUUUCAAUUUGGGUCUUAUCCAGAAUUAAGAAAUGAAUUCUACAAAUUAAAGUUAACUAUACGGACUGAUACAAAGGAGAGCCUUGAUAAGGCUGAAGCUUAUUUACGUUCCGUGCUCCCAAUGAAUUGUGUUACAUAUCCCUUUUCAACACGUGGAGAGGCAGCAGUGAAUGCCCUUUAUGCUCUAGCACAUGAUGCUAGCAAGUGUGUUGGGAAGCUUGUGUUCCAGGCAAUCAAAGCGCUUGAAGAGUGUUUUGACCAGUACAGUCCAUUCGAUACUUUGGCACUUGCCUUCAAUGGUGGGAAAGACUGCACGGCAUUGCUGCACUUAACAACCUGUGUACUGCAAAAGUGGUGCAAUAAGAACGACAUCGAGAUGCAGAAGCUGCACACUAUUUACAUUCGGUGUCCGGAUGCAUUUCCAGAAAUAGAAAAUUUUGUUGAUCAGACUGUUGCAAGGUACAAUCUGAACCUUCACUGCUACUCUGGCUCUCAGAAGGAAUCUAUGUGGCACGUGUGGUCUGAACUGCCUAAUGUUCGUGCUGUGCUUAUGGGAACACGACAGACAGACCCAAACUCUGAGAAGCUUUCCCUUUUUGCUGCCACGGACAAAGGCUGGCCUCCCCAUAUCCGGGUUAGCCCAAUCCUCACCUGGACUUAUCAUGAUAUCUGGGAGUUUCUAAGGCAUCUCAAUGUGCCCUACUGCUCACUUUACGAUCAUGGUUAUACUUCCCUGGGCAACAGAGUGAACACAAAACCAAACGUGUUCCUGCUUGAUGUUGGUGAAGAUGGGGAGGUGUACCUUCCAGCAUAUCUUCUGAAUGAUCCAUCUGAAGAGCGGGGUGGCCGCAUAUCUACAGCACAGAAUUAAUGGUGAACGACGUUGUGGUAGAGAGGUUAUAACAGUUUUGUGUAACCUCUCUGUCUGAAAGUGUCACUUCCAGAGUUGUACAUUUCAGAAAUGUGUAUUGAAGUCAAAUUAUGCGUAGUUUGUAGUGCUUUGUACAUAUAAGUUUUUCAAUGUGGUGAUAGGACACACGUCUCCUAAAAGCUACAGUGGUGAGCAUGAUACUCUGAAAUUGUAUUGUAAUAUGCUACGUAAGUAGGUCAAGGGACUGUACAUCUUAGCUUCUUCCUUUCCUCGUUUGUAAAGGCAGUGCCCUCAUUGGUUGGGCUUCAAAUAAGGGGAAAACAAGCUUGAGGUGUACCAUGUACAUUCCUGCAUGUAUUUAGCAUCAGUGAUAAAAGGAGACCAAGCCAACGAAGUGAGAUAGCCAGAGAGUGGCCCAUGUUUGAAGAGUUUCCCUCACGCUUGUCUAGUCAUGUCACGUCACAUGGCUUCUCUUCGGUCUACCUCCUGUCAUGCGUGCACACACACACUGGUGCAGUGCAUACUAGUACUUAUGCUAAACAAGUAGGUUUUGACAGAAGUGACUGAUACAGGAGCUUUUUAUAAAGAGAAUAUAUUGUGGCAACAUACUGUUAUACAUGCUGAGAAACUCAUUAGCAUCAUGGUCCUGGUGUCAGUGACGUCAUCACUGGGAAAGUGGACACCAGAGAGUUCCUGUUUCAUCUUUGGGAACACCAGAUGAAAAUCUGAUUGGGCAAACUGGUGGACGUUUGGCAGCAGAAAAGCUGCAGGAGUGGAUGGCAGCCAUUGCCACAGCAGCAGAGAGUUAGGGCGUAUUGUCCUGGUGGAACAGAACACUCCUUCAGAGCAUACUGCGUUGUUUUUCCUUGAUGGCGUCCAGUGAGCAAUGAAUCCAGGUUGCGUAGUACUCCCAAGUACUUCACCCAGUGAUACAACAUUAUAGGCAAUGAAUCAAACCAGCUAGCCUUCAACAAACCAACAUAAUUAGUGCGGCGCAGCAUGAUCCCAGAUAUCUAUGCCAGAAAAUUCCAAAUCAAACUCUAACUCAAAACUCCCAGGUACUUCCUGGUCCAUCCUAGGGAAACAGAUGAGCAGUAUGCCUUCCGAAUAACCGUGGCCAGGAGAAGGGGUGUUCACUGUUUGGACUGGGCCUUGCUCUCAAGUUGGAAGUGGUUGAUCCAGGUUUUGUCCACAGUCACAAACCGGGUACAAAAGUUAACAGGAUCAACCCUGAACAGCUGGAGAUUAUCCCUGGGUUUGUGUGUAGCACAUACAUUUUUGAUCAGGCAUGAGUAAUCUGGGGACCCAUCUGGCAGAGACCUUGUGCAUGUCAAGAUAUUGGGGUCAAGAUAUGCUGAACAGUGCUUUUGGAUAUGCUUGUGACUUCAGCUGUGGUCCUUAUUUCGUCUCAGCGAUGUACAAUGACCUUAUCAUGCACACAGUGGAUGUUUUCUUGUAUGGCCACUGCCAGGACUGGGGGUUGUGUGCAAUGCUGUGAUGCCCUCGCUUGGAUUCUGCAGCCUGCUUCUUCACAGUGCUGUGGAAUGGGGCAUCCUUCCACAAAGUCUCCACCAUGUCCUGGUGGAUACAUGCGGGAGUUAGGUCCUGCCGAGUCAAAUAUUUGAUCACUGCACGUGCCUUCACUUUAUCUAUUUUACCUCAACUGUAUGGCUCGCCAUCUGGCAGCAGCUGCCACAGGACACAAUUGUAGCACACAUGCGCCAUUUCUGGUGGUGCCAAUCUUGAACAGUGCUCAAGUUUUGUGGCGGUGCAUGCACUACUUCUGUGUCAGGCCGAGAACUUAUGGAACUCCCCUCAUAAGAGGAGAAAAUACUGUGAGUGAUUUUUGGAGGGAUUGGCAAUGUACAGGACAAAACUGCUCUGCCGUGGCUUAACUUUUUUAUGUUUGGUUAUGAUAGAUUUGUAACUCAUCCAGUUUUUUCAGUGAAAUCAAUUUUACCUGGUAUAUUUCAAAUUAAUGGUUAAUUGUUUUGAAUUUUUUAGGUGAAAUCAAUUUCAUCUGGCAUAUUUCAACUCAGCACAAUAAAUGUGAUUUCACAAAAUGCU